UCUGCUAACAUUUUUGUUUCCGAAAUCUCCCCAAAGACGUGUUGGCACGGAACGUCUCACAAUCCAGGUGGAUGCAGUGACUUCUGACUGGUCAACGUGGUUACUGUGGAAGGAGCCACCAGCACCAUCAACAGCAACAAAAACAAACAGCAAAGCAAGCGGGAAGCAAAAAAUGCUUCGAAUACGGAGAAAAAACGAACCAGUGGUCCACAACCCCCUUCAACAACCCUACACUACACUACAAUCUCCGUAGAACUCGCUUGUUUCCCUCGCCGCCAUGGAUGAGGUUAGGGCUACGACCGCUUGGGUCGCCUCUCGCUCUUCUCACGUCUCAGUCGACUCCUCAGGAAUUGAGAGAGUUGUGGACACCAUCAAAGACUCAAUCCCAAAAGUCGACUGGGAUUUUGAAGGGAUUCACUAUUUUGAUAAUGGCCCUCUCACUGUUCAGUACUUGUUUGUCUUGGAUGCUUUGAAUUUUUGUUUUUGGCCUGAUAAGGAUUUAAGUUAUGAUCAUUUGGCUUCGGGACUAAAGGCAGCUCUUCAAAAUGACAAAUCUGUGUUUGAUGCUGAUCGUCUGCAAAAGUACACUGGUCCUGAAUUACGCAAAUUGUUGAAAUGGCCAAGGCCACUUCCUCUAGAGGAUGAACGAGUUCGCUUAUUGCAUGAGGUUGGGCUUGAACUGGAGAGAAACUUUGAGGGGAAAGCAUCCAAUCUUGUGGACUCGUGUGGGAAAUCAGCAGUAAAGCUUGUAACUCUUGUUACUCGUCACUUUCCUGGUUUCCGCGACCAUUCGGUCUACAAGGGCCACCAGGUAUUCUUGUAUAAAAGAGCUCAGAUAUUUGCGGCAGAUUUAUUGGGUGCAUUCAAGGGAAAAGGAUAUGGAGAGUUCAAUGACAAAGGGGCAAUUACCAUAUUUGCUGACUAUAUAGUUCCAGCGGUGCUUCGGCAACUUGGUGUGCUGAGAUAUAGUUCAGCCCUAGCUGGCACUAUUGAGGCUGAAGGAGAAAUUGAUUCAGGCAGUGAGGAGGAAGUGGAACUGCGAGCAUGCUCAGUAUAUGCUGUAGAGAAAAUGAGGGAGUUGAUGUGGAAAAAAUUUGGAAAGCAG